AUGGAAUCUGCGUUAGGGAUUUGGAUCGAAGACUGCCGGAAGAAAAACAUCCCCGUGGACACCAAUAUCAUCCGACAAAAGGCCAAGCAACUUUAUGAUAGGUUUGCGGAUGCUGGAGUUGCUCCAGACGAUGACGACCCUCGACCUGGAACUUCUGCUGAAUCCCCCAGCGAGAGCCGUGAAUUUACUGCCAGCAAGGGCUGGUUUGAAAAAUUUAAGAAAAGUUUCAACUUGGCCAGUGUUAACCUGCAAGGAGAGGCUGCCUCCGCAGACAAAGCCGCAGCCGAGAAAUUUGUCGCCGACACGUUCAAGACGAUUAUUGAGGAAGGUGGAUAUCAGCCUGAAACCGUGUUUAAUAUGGAUGAGACGGCCCUAUUUUGGAAGCGGAUGCCGUCUCGUACUUUUAUCACGAAGGAAGAGGCAAAAGCCCCGGGGUUUAAGGCGCACAAAGAUCGCAUCACGCUGGUCAUGUGCGCCAAUGCUGCGGGCUUUAUGAUAAAGCCUGGGCUCAUUUAUAAGUCCAAAAACCCCCGAGCCCUGAAAAAUAAGAAUAAAAACCUGCUGCCUGUGUACUGGAUGCACAAUCCGAAGGCGUGGAUUACGAAACGCCUAACGUCGGAUUGGUUUCACCAGUGUUUCAUCCCGGAAGUAAAGACCUAUCUGGCAGAUAAAGGGCUGGAUUUCAAAGUCCUUUUACUUCUGGACAAUGCUGGAGGUCAUCCCUUGGAUCUAUCCUACCGAGGUAUAAAAAUUGAGUUCUUGCCACCAAAUACAACAUCACUGAUUCAGCCAAUGGAUCAAGGAGUUAUCCGGGCUUUCAAGGCAUUGUACACAAGGAACAGCCUGCAACACAUGGUCGAGGCAAUGGACACGGACGAUGACUUUUCCCUGAAGGAGUACUGGCGUAAGUACAUGAUCACAUCGUGUAUGGUGAACGUGCAGAAGGCCCUUAAUGAUAUGAAGAAAGACACGGUUAAUGCCUGCUGGAAGAAAUUGUGGCCAGAAAUUGUGUGCGGAAAGAAGGGCUUUUCUGCAGAAGAAAUUCAUGACUCAGCGGUUGACAAGGCAGUCACGCUGGCAAAACUGCUAGGAGGAGAGGGAUUCAACGACAUGACCAGUGAUGACAUCAAUGAGCUGCUCGAUGCCCACUCCGAGCUGCUCAGCGAUGAAGAUUUGGCCGAGAUGACCAAGUCAGCGAGCGAGGAGGAAGAUCAAGACGACCCGGCAGAGGAAGAAGAUGCAGGCCUAACUCUCGAGCGUCUUGCGACCAUUCUACGAAUGGCGAAAGAUCUGCAGACAUCCUGGCGUAGUCGGCAGGAUACAAAUAGUCUGGAAAAGAUGACAGAAGGACAGGAUUUGAAUGCGGUCCUCAACACCCUGGUCGCGGAGCUCCAGGCCGUCAAGAUCGAGCAAGCGACGACCAAGACGGAGCUCGUGGAGACGAGGAGGCGGCUGGCAGCGGCAGAAGCGGUAAGGCCGGAGCCCACGAGGCCUCCACCCCCUCCGAUGCUAGCUCUCACAGAGGACGACGACAUUGAGUCGUACCUCUCUAUUUUCGAGAGAACAGCCACCCGAAAUCAGUGGCCGCGGACGGAGUGGGCGUCCAUCUUGGCACCUUACCUAAAAGGGUCCGCACAGUGA